AUGCCAGCCACUGACCUCCAUAUCAAAACCGCACGUUUGUCGCUGCGCGAACUGCCGCCAAACAGCCAUCUCGUUCACGCGACCAACUGCCUCGCGACAUGGGGCUCCGGCUUCGCCGCCGAGCUGGCCGCCAUCUUCCCCGAAGCGUGCAAAAUUUACAAGGAAUUCUGCCACGCCGCCAAGCGCAGCCCCAGCGACCGGUGGCCGCCGCGCAGCCUGACCGGCCAAUGCUUGGUGAUUGCGCCGCAGCAGGCCGACAUUGCGCGUGGCGCGCCCAGCGUGCACAUUGUGUGUCUGUUCACAUCGUGGGGGUACGGGACGUCGAACCGAAGGACGGGGAAGCCGGGAAAGGACACGGCGGACAGGAUCGUGGAGCAGACGAGGACAAGCUUGCAGAAGUUUCGAACAAGAAUGGAUGAAGCGGCAGCGGCGGACGGGCGGGAUGUGUUUAUUUACUCGCCCAUGUUCAAUUCGGGCAAAUUUCGCGUGCCUUGGGACAGAACGCUAGAGGUAAUUGAAGAGGAGUUUGCGGGUGCCAAGGCAACAUGGACAGUGGUGCUUCAGUCGGCACAGCGAAGCAAGUGA